AUGGGCUUCUUCCAGAGCCGUUUCUUUGAGCCAACAUGGAAGAACAAGGUGUUGAUCCUCCAAGUCGCCUUUACACUCCUCAUCUUCAUCUUGGGCAUCGCCAAGAUUGCCACAAAACCAUCCCAAAUACCAUUCAACCGAAUGGAUAUUGUCGCUAUAUCGAUGAGUGCUAAAUCAGGGGUCUUCCUUGCCUACGAGAUCGUCACCAUGAAGGUAGAUAAGUUCAAGCGGUUCGGAAGUCUCAAGGCCUACGCCGUACUUAAUACGCUUGACGUUGUGUUCUGGGCGGCUGUAAUGGGUUUCUCAUUCAAAAGUGUCGCCGCAAUCUGUUCUGGCGUCAACUGUGGCAUUGGUGUUGUCAUAGGAUUGAUGGCUAUUUUGAACUCUGUCAUCCAUUUCUGGGCCGCUGUUAUCGCCUGGAUGAACCACAAGCAUUUCAAGACCUACGGCGUUUCCCGUGGUGACUAUGAGGCCAAGCACGGGCGCUGA